GUGUUUCGUUUGGAAAUAACUAAAAGCCAGAAAGAAAACAAGGCAUUGCGGAGGAAACUACAGCUACUGGAACUGAAGGUGGCACGGGAGCGCGCAGAGAGGACAAUGCAAGACCGCGUCCUCGUCAGUCGUCCCAGUAGUGUCAAGAUCCUCGACCGAUACAGAGGAAUGGCAGGAGGUGAAGGACAUCUCACUGGAGGCCACAGCAGCUUUGUGAAGACAGCAGGACACAAUACAUGGAGAGAUGACCAACCAAUCACUGUUGAUGAGGGGAGUGGAACCUCAACCCAGCACGUUAUCGUGAUAGAGUCUGAAGAUGCAGAGGCUGCAGGUCCUGGAGGAUCGUCUCUGGUCAAGCAGGAGAGGUCUGAAGGAGAGGAGGACCCACGGCACAGCAGAGACAUCCAGACUGGAGCAGCGGAUGGAGCGCCCCCUGUAGCCACGGAGGACCCCACCACCGCCCCAGCACAGCCCAGGACCCGACACAGCAUCACGGAGGUCAGUGGAACGCCGAACUCCGCCCUCAAGUCAGAGACCAACACCAAGGCAUUGACUGAAACACACAGGCUCUUACACACAGGAUCUGACCACAGAUCAGACCCAGAGAGACUGGGGCUGGGGCCACUCCGCUGUCCUCCUGCUCCCGGCUCAGAGUAUUUACCGGUAUUUCACCAGAGCCAGAGGACGGUUCAUUUCCGUGGAGAUGGUGAUGGUGAUGCGUUAGACACUGGUGUUGAUGAUCCUUCUUGUUCUUACACUACAGAGAUGGACCCUGGCAACAUGCCCUUGGGUUUAGAGACACAGACUGAUCUGUCUAGAGGGGACUGGAACCGGUACAGUAGUAGUGUAUACUCUGAAGGGUGCCUAGAUGAGAAAGGGGAGGUUAUAGUGAUAGAUGAGGUGACUGUGAAAGUGGAGGGUGAUGCUCCUCCCACAUGGAAUGCAGAUAGUCACCUAGGAGAAGGACACUCACAAGGCAGAGAUUUCUUAGAUUACAGGGAAAGCUUAGAGACAAAUCCAAAUAACGCGACCCACUCCCCUUUACACGCGCUCAGGGAUAGCGACCUAGUGUCCACAUCGAUGGAGCCUUCUGAUUCACACAGCCUUUUCGAUCAGGUAUUGAACUCAAACGACAGCGUUAGAGCCCAGGCUCAGGGAAGAGGAGCCACAUCAGACAAUAGUAAAGAGAAACGGUUCCUCUGCAUGUUCUGUAACAAAGGAUUCAGCUGCCUCCAGAAGGUGGAGAUUCACCAGAGGUUCCACACAGGGGUGAAACCCUUCAGCUGUACCCAGUGUCACAUGCGCUUCGCCCAGGCUGGUGACCUGAAGAGGCACCAGAGGGUCCACACAGGGGAGAAACCCUACAGCUGCCCCCAGUGUGAGAAGAGGUUCUCCCGCCAGGACAAGCUGAAGAUGCAUCUGAAGAUCCACACGGGAGAGAGGCCAUUCGCCUGUACGCACUGCGGGAAGAGGUUCUCAGAGAGGAGCUACCUCAGGAUACACCAGCAGAAAACCCAUUCCACUCUAUAACAUAUAAAGUAACCAUUCCAAUCCAUAGCUUCUGAGGUUUAGAUCAAACCCUGCAUUAAAGAGAAAGAAUAAUUACAUUGUUGUCAGCAGAAAAGAUCCACAGAUGACUUUGGAAUAACGAGAGUAACAGAUUUCAGUGUAGAAUAUUCCUGGGUAGAAUAUUGCAUCCAGACAUUGUGUGAUAUAUAAGCCAUAUAUAAGCCCAAAAAGUAUGUUACAUAUUGUGUUUGUACUGUGUAGGCUAUAUGAUGUUCACAAAUGCCUAUUUCAUUACUUCCAUUAAAUUACUUAAUUCUAUCCCCAAGACACUUUUAAUGAGAAAAUUAAUUAAGUUUAUCAAGUUCAUGCAGAUUUUUAGUUGAGACAUGUGUAUGUGUGGUUUUCAUAUGGUGUAUUUAACACUUGUUUAUGUUUAAUAAACAC